GGGUGAUAUAUUGCCGACCACAGAGAAAUGUUGUACUUUGAAGUUACUAAGCUUUCACAUCAUGAUCCAGAGCAGCUCUGAUGAUGUUGUAAGCCGGAAGAUUUCCAGGAGUAAAAAAGUGAGCACUUCGCCACCGACACCAUGGGGAGCUUGCUGGAGAAGAACUCGGAAGCCGUGCGGAAGCGGAUCGCAAGCCACACGUUCGAAGAUGAGGAUGGCGAGGAAUAUGAAGCAUCGGAGUUUGGGGGCUUUGCGGAUUACAUGCGUCGCAAGAAGAUUAAGCUUCAGAACCUCGACGCUGAAGUCCGUUCAUCUUCAGUCGGCAAACCUCAGAUCUUCCGCGGCGUCGUGGUGCACGUGAAUGGAUAUACUCAGCCCUCUCUGAAUGAUCUCCAUCAUAUGGUGGUUAGCCAUGGAGGCGGGUUUAUGCAGUAUCUGGAUGGAAAGACUGCUGUCACGCAUAUCAUUGCAUCAAACCUCACGCCGAAGAAGGCCCUCGAGUUCCGGCGGUAUCGCAUCGUCAAACCGGCAUGGGUUGUUGACAGUAUAAAUGCUGGCAAACUCCUACCUUGGGAUGCGUACCGUGUUUUGGAUGAAGGACCAGGCCAACGGUUGCUUGGAUUCGACCAGGGGAAGAUUAUCAGUCAAGUGAACACCCAGGAGCGUGGGUAUCGCGAGCAGACAAGUACUAGUUGGUAUACUAGUCAAGUCAAGAAUGCAGCGGACGAUAUCAAUCGUGCUGGAAGUCAUAGCAAGCAGCUGAGUGCAAAUCCACCGAAGAAAAGCAUGGAGAUACCGACGCCAAAGGGCAACCAAGACAGCCCGGAAUCAUCUGGCAACUUUGAGAUCACAUCUUCCCUGGAAGAUGCACUUAUUCAAGCAGCUCACACUGAAGGUCCCAAGGAAGCAAUGGUUGCAGAGGUCCAGUCGGAGUUUGGCUACUCACCUGAUCUUGAGGAUCAACUACCAGAUUCCAUAUCACCAGCAAAUGUUGAAGAAUUUCACCCCCCUAGAGUGGAAACACCUGAUGCUGGGACAUCUUUGAAGACCAGAGGCUCUUCCGUCCUUCCGGAUCAGAAGUCGUCUCGCGAUGGGGACAUCCCGCCCCCUUCCAAGAAAGCUAGAGUCAUGACUGCUGAAGAGCAUAAUGCUCUUCUACUGGCUGACCCAAAAGUUCGAAAAUCAUCGACAGCAAAUCCAGACUUUAUCAGACAAUACUAUUCUGAGUCACGAUUACACCACCUGUCGACAUGGAAGGCUGAAUUGAAAUCACGGUUUCAACAAAUGGCAGCGGAGAAGACGGCCUCCCAAAGAGCAGCUAAACGGAAACCAGGAUCCAGACGCUACAUCAUGCAUGUUGAUUUCGAUAGCUUCUUCUGUGCAGUAUCGCUCAAGAGUGCGCCGGAAUAUGUUGAUAAACCCGCUGUCGUUGCACAUGGUAGCGGUACGGGAUCUGAGAUUGCAAGCUGCAAUUAUCCCGCUCGCGCUUUUGGUGUCAAGAAUGGCAUGUGGAUGAAACAGGCAUUAAAGCUCUGUCCUGGAAUUAAAGUCCUUCCCUACGAUUUUCCAGCCUACGAGGAGGCUAGCAAGGGAUUCUACGAAGCUAUUCUGGAUGUCGGAGGUAUUGUUCAAAGCGUCAGUGUCGAUGAGGCUUUAGUUGAUAUCACCGCAUUAUGUCUACCUGCUGGUGGUUCUGAUGGAGUUGGGAUCCGGGAAGGGAGCAUCUGGAGGGAACAAGAAAAGGCGGAUGAGAUCGCCAAUGGACUUCGGAAACGUAUCAAACAGAAGACUGGAUGUGAAGUUUCCAUAGGCAUUGGAGGCAAUAUUCUUCUCGCAAAGGUCGCUCUUCGAAAAGCCAAGCCUGCAGGUCAAUAUCAGGUCAAGCCUGAAGAAGUGAUAAACCUUAUUGGUGAACUUGCUGUCCAGGAUCUACCUGGAGUUGCUUACAGUAUCGGAGCCAAGUUAGAGGAGAUUGGUAUCAAAUUUGUUAAGGAUGUUCGCCAAUUAACGAAAGAACGUUUGGUGACCGUUUUGGGACCAAAGACUGGCGAGAAGAUAUGGGAUUACUCUCGAGGAAUAGAUAAAACCGAAGUCGGAGAGCAAGUAGCUCGAAAAUCAGUGUCUGCAGAAGUUAAUUGGGGCAUACGAUUUAUUUCUCAGCCUGAAGCCGAAGAGUUUGUGCAAAAUCUCUGUGUUGAGUUACAGCGACGUCUCCACGAGCAGAAAGUCAAGGGGCGCCAGUUCACGAUGAAGAUUAUGAAGAAGGCCGCAGAUGCACCUUUGGAUCCACCAAAGCACUUGGGCCAUGGAAAGUGUGACAGCUACAGCAAAAGCAUAGUCUUGGGGGUCCCUUCAAAUAGUGCAGAGGUGAUGGGACGGGAGGCAGUUUCGAUCCUCCGAAGCUACGGUUUCUCACCUGGUGAACUUAGAGGUCUGGGUGUUCAGAUGACGAAGCUUGAACCUAUGAAGGCGAGUGAUGGACUGGCAGAUGGAAGUCAGAGAAGGAUUGAUUUUGGUAAAUCCGUCGCACCUAAACCGGCAAAACAGGCAGUCGAGGAUCCUAUUGAUGAUCCACAAACACCAAAGAAACCCAGAGUUACUUGGAACACGGAGAGAUCGCAAGAUCCGGAAGACCCAAUCGAUGACUCCACUCCUCAGAAGUCAAAGGCUGUUGCGUCACAUCUUCUGGAGGGCGACGAUCCAAUCGACGACAUAGACAGUCCGAAAAAGACAAAAGCCACUCCGGUACACCCUGCAGCGGCUAUUGCAAGAGCAAAUGCCUCUGAUCAGAGUGCGAAGAAGUUGAACCUCACUGGGAGUCAGUUUAUCCUUCCAAGUCAGGUCGAUCCCACGGUAUUGGCGGAGCUGCCGCAAGAUAUCAGAUCCAAGCUCGUGGCACAGAGCAAAAACAAGCCAUCCUCAAAAAUUCACACGCCUACUAUCAAAUCAAGAUCUGGGAGUCCAGCGACCAACUCAAGACAAAGUCCAGCCCCCCAGAACGUGUCAUUACCACCUGAUUUCGACCCGGAGGUAUUUGAAGCACUACCUGAGGACGUCAAAGCCGAAGUCCUAGCAUCCUACUCUGCUCAAGAACCCCCAGUUCGAGAAGCCGCUGCUCGAGCACAAACACUCCUCCCGCAGUCACCACGGAAAUCCAAGCCCCUCCCGGCGCCCAAACGGACCCCGACGAAAAAGCGCGGGCGCCCGAUCGGCAGCAGGAACAAAAAAGAAGAUUCCUCGUCCACACUCACACAAUCCAACUUCGCCCUCCCCAAGCCCGCCGCCCACCCCAUCUCCGAGUCCGAAGACACCGCCGAUGCGCUGGAUCCUGAGUUCCUCGCUGCCCUACCCGAAGAGAUGCGUCUCGAGAUCCUCGCCGAGCACCGACGGACGCGGCUCGCGAAACGCGGCGGCCUCGUCACCGCGACGACGAAGAAGCGGCGUCCUCCCGAUCCGCCACCCGUCGGGCAGCGGAAAUUACGCUUACCGCCAAAAGAACCAAGACCGACGUUCACGACGAAGGAUCUUUGGAGGGAGAGCGAACUGAUGGAGGCGGUGCGCAUGUGGCAUGGGGAGUUCCGGGAGGAGGGUCCGCAUGUGGACGAUGUGAAGGCGUUGGAGAGGUAUCUGAGGAGGGUGGUGGUGGAUGAGAGGGAUCUGGCGAAGGUGAGGGCUGUGGUUCGGUGGUUGGCGUGGCUCGUUGAGGAAGAGGAGGAUGGGCAGGGGAAGAAGUUGUGGAGGGAGGGGCUGGGAGAGAUUAAGGAGUGUGUACAAAUGGCCGUGAAAGAGAGAGGUCUGGGAGCUUUAGAUCUGUAGCAUUUCCCGCGGCGUUUUAAUGAGCUACGAUACACGACUAAGAAUACCA